CGCGGGGAGCUGGUGACUGAGCUGCCUGCGCCGCGGCCUUCUUUCCUCCCUCCGUUCCUCCCUACCCUGCCCUGCCGGGCGCAGGGAGCUAUUCGCACCGUCCCGGCUGUGAUCCCGGACGGGACAGGCCUAACCGCCGCGCGUUCCUCUCUGAUACUGAUUGAGUCAAUGUUUUGCAUUAUUUAUCAGUGCUUGUCAUAAACCUGAGACAUGUCUACUGUUGAGAGUGAAGCCAAAAUAAAAACCAAAGUUUGCUUUGAAGAAUUACUUAAGGCCCACAGUGAUCUAAUACAUGAAAGGAAAAAACUAAGGAAAAACCUUGCCAAAUCUAGAGAAGAGAUCUCACUUUCCACUAGCAGUAAUCUUCAGGAUAUUAAGGAAUCUAAAAGUGAUCAUAUGAGUUGCACUAAUACCACUAACCCAGAGAAGAGCAUGCGAGUUACUAAAAACAAACUGAGGAAUACACAAUCAGCAGGUGAAGAUCCAAGUGAUGACAUGAGUGUAGAGGAAGACAAGCAAGGGAAGCCAAACAAGAAAGUUACAAAGACCACACAAGAUAUGGAACCAGAAACUCCCGAUAAAGCUGAUUCUGCACAUCAGAAAGUUCGAACAAAAUCACAGGCAGGUGGUGAUCAUCAGAAAAGUGAUAAAGUAAAUGAAGGAAAAGAAAAAAGUGAUGCAGAAGGGGAAGAAGAUCUGAUAGAAGCAUAUCAGCUCCAGGUAGCAGAAGAAAUGGCAAAGGAGAUUAAGAAGAAAAUAAGGAAGAAGCUGAAAGAACAGUUGACAUAUUUUCCCUCAGAUACUUUAUUGCACGAUGACAAACUGAGCAGUGAAAAAAGAAAAAAGAAGAAAAAGAAAGUUCAAGUAGUGUCUAAAGCUGAACCAAGCACACCAACCAUCUGUGAUGACACAGUUGAAAGUGAGCAAAAGAAGGAAUGUUCAGAUUCUCAUCAAGAUGAUGAAGUAAGCUCAACAGAACAAAACAUAGAUGAGAACUUGCCAGAUAAUGCAAAAUCCAAACCAAAGAAAACAAAAAAGAAGGCUAAACCAGUUUCAGAUGAUAAUGAAGACAUUGAUGGUGAUGGUGUUCAUGAAGUAACAAGCCGAGAUAGUCCAGUUUAUCCCAAAUGUUUACUUGAUGAUGACCUCGUCUUGGGCGUUUAUAUUCACCGAACUGAUAGACUUAAAUCAGAUUUUAUGAUUUCUCAUCCAAUGGUAAAAAUUCAUGUGAUUGAUGAGAAUACUGGUCAAUAUGUCAAGAAAGAUGAUAGUGAACGUCCAGUUUCAUCUUAUUAUGAAAAAGACAAUGUGGAUUAUAUUCUUCCUAUUAUGACCCAGCCAUAUGAUUUUAAACAGUUAAAAUCAAGACUUCCAGAGUGGGAAGAACAAAUUAUCUUUAAUGAAAAUUUUCCCUAUUUGCUUCGAGAUUUUGAUGAGUGUCCUAAAGUCAUCUUGUUCUUUGAGAUUCUUGAUUUUUUAAGCAUGGAUGAAAUUAAGAAUAACUCUGAGGUUCAAAACCAAGAAUGUGGCUUUCGGAAAAUUGCCUGGGCAUUUCUUAAGCUUCUGGGAGCCAAUGGGAAUGCGAACAUCAAUUCAAAACUUCGCCUACAGCUGUACUACCCACCUACGAAGACUCGAUCACAAUCAAAUGCUGUUGAGGUUUUUGAAUGGUGGUCCAAAUGUCCACGAAAUCGUUAUCCAUCAACAUUGUAUGUAACUGUGCGAGGACUGAAAGUUCCGGACUGUAUAAAGCCAUCUUACCGUUCUAUGAUGGCCCUUCAAGAGGAAAAAGGUAAACCAGUAUAUUGUGAACGUCACCAGGAGCCAAGCUCAGUAGACACAGAACCUGGAUUAGAAGAUUCAAAGGAAGUAGUUAAGUGGAAGCGAUUGCCUGGUCAGGCAUGCCGGGUUCCAAACAAGCACCUUUUCUCACUAAAUGCAGGAGAACGAGGAUGUUUUUGUCUUGAUUUCUCCCACAAUGGAAGAAUAUUAGCAGCAGCAUGUGCCAGCCGGGAUGGAUAUCCAAUUAUUCUUUAUGAAAUUCCUUCUGGACGUUUCAUGAGAGAAUUGUGUGGCCACCUCAAUAUUAUUUAUGACCUUUGCUGGUCUACAGAUGAUCGAUACAUCCUUACUUCAUCAUCUGAUGGCACUGCCAGGAUAUGGAAAAAUGAAAUAAACAAUACAAAUACUUUCAGAGUUUUACCUCACCCUUCCUUUGUUUAUACGGCUAAAUUCCAUCCAGCUACAAGAGAGUUGGUGGUUACAGGAUGCUAUGAUUCAAUGAUACGAAUAUGGAAAGUUGAUAUGAAAGAAGAUGCUGCCAUAUUGGUUCGGCAGGUUGAUGCUCACAAGAGUUUUAUCAACUCACUCUGUUUUGAUGAUGAAGGUCAUCACAUGUAUUCUGGCGACUGCACAGGGGUGAUUGUUGUUUGGAAUACUUAUGUGAAAGUUAAUGACUUGCAGCAUUCCGUGCGCCACUGGACUAUAAACAAGGAAAUUAAAGAAACUGAAUUUAAGGGGAUUCCAAUAAAUUAUUUGGAGGUUCAUCCCAAUGGAAAACGUUUGCUAAUCCAUACUAAAGACAGUACUUUGAGAAUUAUGGAUCUCCGAAUAUUGGCUGCAAGGAAAUUUGUAGGUGCAGCAAAUUAUCGAGAGAAGAUUCAUAGUACCUUGACGCCAUGUGGAAGUUUUCUCUUUUCUGGAAGUGAGGAUGGUAUAGUAUAUGUUUGGAACCCAGAAACAGGAGAACAAGUGGCAAUGUAUUCUGACCUGCCAUUUAAGUCACCUAUUCGAGAUAUUUCUUACCAUCCAUUUGAAAAUAUGGUUGCAUUUUGUGCAUUUGGGCAGAAUGAGCCAAUUCUUCUUUACAUUUAUGAUUUCCAUGUAGCUCAGCAGGAGGCUGAAAUGUUCAAACGCUAUAAUGGAACAGUUCCAUUACCUGGAAUACAUCAAAGUGAAGAUGCAUUGUGCACCUGUCCUAAACUGCCCCAUCAAGGCUCUUUUCAGAUUGAUGAAUUUGUAAACACUGAAAAUUCUUCAACCAAGAUGCAGCUAGUGAAACAAAGACUUGAAACUGUCACAGAGGUGAUACGGUCCUGUGCUGCAAAAGUCAACAAAAAUCUCUCCUUAACUUCACCACCACCCACCUCCUCACAACAGCCUAAAUUAAAACAGCCAAACAUGCUGACCCCUGAGGAGAUCCUGCAUCAGUUUGGUUUCGCUCAGACUGGAAUUAUCAGCAUAGAAAGAAGGCCUUGUAACCAUCAGGUAGAUUCACCACCAACGGUAGUGGCUCUUUAUGACUACACAGCCAGCCGAUCAGAUGAACUAACCAUCCAUCGAGGAGACAUUAUCCGAGUGUUUUUCAAAGAUAAUGAAGACUGGUGGUAUGGCAGCGUAGGAAAGGGACAGGAUGGUUAUUUUCCAGCUAAUCAUGUGGCUAGUGAAACACUGUAUCGAGAAAUGCCUCCAGAGAUAAAGGAGCGAUCACCUCCUUUAACUCCCAAGGAAAAGCCCAAAAUGGAAAAACCUUCAGCUUCUCAAAAGCACUCAGUCAAUAAGGACAAGUCCCAGGAGUUUAGACUGGGUUCACAAUCUAUGGCACAUGCUGAAAUGGGCAAAGAACAGAGCCGUGAGGACCGAGGACACAAAGCAGAUAUGCAGGCAAAGAAGAAUGAGCAAAUCGGCCGGAAAGUCACCCUUAUAGAGUAAAGAGUUGAAGAAUGAAGAGACAACGACAUGUAUAGAAAUGAAAUGACAAACCAAAUGGAAUUUCUUCUUAGAGGUUAGAAAGUUUCAGAUCCAGAGGAAAAAACAUCUACUGCUUCUUGUCUUUAUGAAAAAAAACUAAAGAAAUUUAGAAAUGAAGUGUGGCUGGAAAAAUCAAUGUGGCUUUGGAGCUUAAUUAUUACAACCCAUUGUGAUUGUUGUUGGUCAGAGUAUUAGUACUUCUAUUCCCAGUAAUUGUAUCAAAAUCACAUUACCACUGUUGGCAAGCCAGUAAGGAUAAAAUUAUAAUUGCUGCUCAGCAAACAUGAAUAAAAAGUAUUUGUAUUGUUAGAAUGUCUAUUAAAAAAUCAUUCAAUAUUGUAUCUGUAAUGUGGUUAUGUGUGUAAUGUUAUGCUCAGAAUAUGAAGUAUUUGCUUUUAAUACAACCUUACUUAAAAGAUGUUCCAAAAUAUUGUGUGUUUAAAAUGAUGCCAGUAACAAAGGCAUUAAAAAGAAAACAAGUUGUUUUUUAGGAUUAAAAUUUUAUGUUGCUUUUGAGUGAAUUAUAUAUGUACUUGAUAACACCUGAGUUAAAGUGAUUUUUGGCUGGACUAGCAACCCUGUUCCAAAUUUCCUUCCUUUUAAAUACAGGCAGUUCAUAUUUAAACAUAUAAGUAAUAUGUAGACUUAACAUGCCAUAAUAUUUAUUUUAGUUUUUAUAUUUGUUUUUAAAUUAUUACAUUGUAUUAUUUAUUUAUUUAAUUCCAGAAUAACAGUAUUAUUACCAUGUUGAUGGCUUGUUUUAAAAGUUUGAUAUAAUAGGGAAGUGUAUUUUUUACUAUCCUUUUUUUGUCUACAAUAUGCUCUCUGUUGAUAAAAUAUUUAAACCCAAAAUGAAUACCAAAUUAAUUAGGAGAACUUAUUUACCAAAUAGAGACAAUUGAAUCUAUUAAAAUGAGUGAGAAAAGCAGUGUUGGGGAUUGAGAUGUAAAUUUUGUCCAGAUGUAUACUUUAUCCAAAGUGAAAUACUUUCUAGUAAGAUAUGUAUUUGUCUCUUAUCCUUGUAUAUGUUGUAGAAGCAUUAAAAACGGCAACUAUGACCCUGCUAUGGAGAACUUGAAAAGGGGGGAGGGUACGGGUGCUUUCAAAAGUGUUGUGUAGCAUUGCUGAUUGCUGCAAUCUGCAGUCGUAGCACAGAGUCUGUUCUGCUAGUGCCAAGCUUCUGUCAUUCUGGUUGUAUCUCCGUGCUGCAAGUACAGCUGGGCCUGGGCAGCUUGAGUUAUCCUCAUGUAAACUUCUUUUCUGUCUUGUGAAUGUACCGGAUAGUUUUCAAAUAAAGAUAUAUGUCGCUGCA